CACCAAAGGGACAAACUGAUGCUUGAUUCCUCCAUGUGACAUACCUCAACUUAGCAACUUCUUCAUUUCCAGGCAAGAACAGCUGCCAGUUCUCAGCUUACAUAUUCACAGGCUUUGCACUUGCAUGGACUCAUAAUGAGGCAUUUCCUUUGGCUGCUGUUCCUUGCAGGUUAUAUAUAUUGCGAUUACCCCCUAAGAAUAAGCCCCGAUACUUUGGUUGCUUGGAAAGGCUCCUGCGUGGUGAUUCCAUGCCAGAUCAGUGAAACACAUCAUUCUGCUAAGGUCCGUGCCACAGCUGUGGCUUGGUUUUUCCAGCCUGUUUGGGAUAACAGUUCAUUUGACUAUGAUGGCAGUCUGUUGUAUGACAGUUCCAAAAGGAGGAAAGGCAACGCAAUGGCAGUAAGUCCUGCCUUUCAGGACCGGGUGAAGUUCAUAGGCAAUUUGGGCAAAAGAGACUGCAGCCUGGUGAUUACUCAGCUCCAGACAAAGGACAGUGGCACGUACGGGGCAAGAGUUGUUGCUUCCGUUGGAAACUACAAUUGGAGAAACAAAUGGUUUCGUAACGCUACGGUCAACGUUAUAGACAGCCCCAAGGGUGUCCAUGUUGGCAUUAUGAAUGACCUGCCCAUAAAAGAAGGAGACACGGUUGUGCUGUGCUGCUCUUCAGGCAGAAAUUACUCCAGAGACAACUGGUACAAUUGGGUCAAGUCAGAUCACCAUUCAGUUGAGCAUAAGUAUAGUGCUUCAGAGCUGUUAAUCUUCCCUGCGACCUAUGAACCGGUCACAUCUUAUGAAUGUGAAGCAUGCAACAAUGCUGGCUGUACUUUAUCUCAAAUGGUCACCGUGGAUGUACACUGUGAGUAG